CUCAUUUUGAAGGCGGUACAGUAUUUCAAGCGGACGAAAGCGCGCGCAAAGCUAGUAUGGAAUAAAUUUUAGAAUGCUUAUUGAAUACAAAGUUCUAUCGCAAUUAAUUUAAUUCUUGACAGGUUGUUUGUUAUUGGAAAUGUUGAUUUGUUAUUGAAAAAAUUGUACCGCAAACAGUCAUAACAUAUCGUAAGAACAACGAUAAUAUCAUUUAAAAAGAUACACAGUGUUACGGAGGUUAUUCAGAUAAUAUUAAUACGGAAUGCAGAAUGCCAAUUUAUCUAUAUAGCAUUUAUUUGUACUUAUUGAAUAUCAUAUUCAAUGUAGGACGCUCAUAUUUAGCUUGUAAAAACAUGUACAAAGUAAAAGAGGUUGCUGCUUUUAAAGGUCCACGCACCGACUAGUGUAAUGAAUAGGUCGAACGUAACAAGCGGUCAGAACAAUAGCCUGAAAGCGAUCCUCGCGGUGUCGAGUGUUGGCGUGGUCACGGUGCUGCAUGCCGCGGCUAUAAGGCAGGGCAGCGCGGCGGCGCGGCCACUGUGUCGUCAGCCGCGCCACACAACACGCGUCCACCACGCGGUACUAUACAACACCACGCGAACCCACACGUCACCACGCGUCGCCACACGUCACCACGCGUCGCCGCACACGGCACGCACGCGUACACACUCGCCUCCAGCAUGUCGUCUCGCGACAAGAGCGACUACGCUCGGAAGGUGCACGAGAAGGCGGUUAUCGAAAAGAGACAAAUGGCAGUGGAGAAGCGGGCGAAUGAAGCUCGGGAGUCGCGGGAGAGUGCGGAGGCAGCGCAGGAGGUGCGCGUGCUCACGCUCAACCAUGGCGAGCACCAGGAUGCUACGCUCUACAGGUUUGAAAAAGGUUGCGUUUUGCGGUUCAGUCCGGACCCCAGUCUACUCGGAAGAAAGGUUUUCCUCUACACAAAUUAUGUGGUGAACGAUACACAUGAAAAAGGCGAGCAAGCAGAAUUCGUCCGCAACCAGUACUACGGCCUGGAAUGGCGCAUGGGCGGGGAGGAGGAGGAGAGCGAGGCGGGGGGCACGGGGGGAGAGGUGCUCGGCAGCGGGCUGCUGUUGACCGACACGGACGCAUACUGUUCACUGCGGCUGGCGCGCGCUGGCUGCUUCCACUACUACUUCGUCUACGACAACGCGGAGUCCCGUUUGGGCCCACAGGGUUCAGGUUGGUUCCACGUGGCGCCGACGCUGCGUGCGGGCAGCCGCGUGUUGACGCCGGACGCGCUCAUGUGCCAGACCGUGCUGGCCAAGUGUCUAGGGCCGCUCUCGCGCUGGGAGCGGGCGCUGCGCCCCGCGAAGGAGGCGGGUUACAACUUGCUGCACUUCACGCCCAUACAAGAGCUGGGCGCGUCCAACUCUAGUUAUAGUAUUGCCAACCAGCUUCGGCUGGAUCCACGCUACAGCGGCGACGGCGCGCGCGAACACACCUUCGCAGACGUCGAGCAUCUCGUCACCAAGAUACGCAACGAGUGGCACAUGUUGUCAAUCUGUGACGUGGUGUUGAACCACACGGCGAACGAGACGCCGUGGCUGGCGGAGCACCCCGAGGCGACGUACAACUGCCUCAACUGCCCGUACCUGCGGCCCGCAGCCAUGCUGGACGCGGUGCUGGCGCGCCUCGCCGCAGACCUCGCGCCGCGCAGGCUCACUCAGCUCGACCAUCUGGAGGGUGUGAUCCACAUUCUGGAGAAGCAGCGACUGCCGGAGGCGCGCCUGCACGAGCUGUUCACCUGCAACGUGGACGACAUCGUGCAGCAGUUCUGUUGCAUGGCGCGCAACAAGGUACCUGCGGUGCGGGCCGAGGGUCCAGGUGCGGGGGAAGUGGGGGAGGGCGAGCUGCAGCUGCAGCCAGACCCUCAGUACCGCCGUCUGCACGCCACCGUCGAUAUGGACCUGGCGCUCAGACUGUACAAUGUGUACAGAGCGGACUGCUUCGACGAGGAGUCGCGUCUGAAGAGAUGCUGCGAGGAGCUGGCGCGGCGGCUGGAGCAGCUGAACGCGGCCGCCAGUAACGAGCUGCAGGACCAUCUGCGCAGCGCACUCAACAACUGCCUCGCCGCCAUGCGGUAUUAUAGACUGCAGUCAGACGGACCGAAGAUCGAAGAAGUUAGCGAGAAACAUCCACUAGUGCCCAGAUACUUCACGUACCCGUGUCCCGUGGGCACGCUGUCGGAGAUGGAGGCGGUGAUCUACUCGGAUGCUGGGCGCUAUGUGAUGGCGCACAACGGCUGGGUGAUGGACGCAGACCCGCUGCAGGACUUCGCCGCACGCGCAGCUAACGGACGCGUCUACCUGCGCAGAGAGUUGAUCGCUUGGGGAGAUAGUGUUAAACUUAGGUAUGGCGAGAAACCAGAGGACAGCGCCUUCCUGUGGGCUCACAUGCGCGAGUACGUAGAGCUGACGGCCGAGGUGUUUGACGGCCUGCGUCUUGACAACUGCCACUCUACGCCGCUACAUGUGGCGGAGUACAUGCUGGACUGUGCUCGCAACGUGAAGCCGGACUUGUACGUAGUGGCCGAGCUGUUCACUAACUCGGACCACGUCGACAACAUCUUCGUCAACCGGCUCGGCAUCACAUCACUUAUACGAGAGGCGCUGAGCGCGUGGGACUCGCACGAGCAGGGGCGGCUAUUGCACCGUUUCGGCGCACGCGCAGUGGGCUCGUUCGCGCGCGCUGCUCGCCGCCUCGCCGCGCCCCGCGUCGCGCACGCCAUGCUGCUCGACCUCACACACGACAACCCCUCGCCUGUAGACAAGAGGAGCGUGUUCGACAUGCUGCCGUCGGCGGCGCUGGUGGCCAUGGCGUGCUGCGCCACCGGCAGCACACGCGGCUACGACGAGCUCGUGCCGCACCACAUUCACGUGGUGGAUGAGAGCCGUCUGUACAGCGAGUGGGGCGAGGCGGGGGCGGGGGCGGGGCCGGGGGCGGGGCAGGGCGAGGCGCAGGGGGAGGGGCCGGAGGGCGUGGCGGUGGGGGCGGGGCGUGUGCACGCACGCUGCGGCAUGUUGUCCGCACGCCGCGUGCUCAACGCGUUGCACUACCAGCUCGCCGCGGAGGGAUAUGAUGAGGUGUAUGUAGAUCAAAUGGACGCUGACGUAGUCGCCGUGACCAGACACGAACCUAAGUCUAGAAAGUCAGUGAUACUGGUGGCGUUCACGGCGUUCAGCGCGCCCGAGCCUGGCUUCGGCGGCCGCUACGUCAAGCCUCUGCGCUUCGAGGGCCAGCUCGACGAGAUCGUUCUAGAAGCUAACAUACGACACAUCGACUACAGAUCAACGGGGCGGCCGUUCCAGCCGCCUAGCGCGUUCACGAAGCACUCGCAGUAUAUAAACGGUCUGACGGAGUACGAGGUGUCGGUGGAGCAGAAGGUGCCGCUGGCGCAGUCUCAAGUGUUCUCGUGCGAGCGGCGCGAGGGCGGACACACGGUGCUGGAGUUCCGCGCGCUGGCGCCGGGCACGGUGGUGGCGGUGCGCGUGUCGCCGCGUGCGCCCCACGCCGCCGCCCUCGCCGCACUGCGCCGCGCCCCCGACCUCACCCCUGCGCUCACAGACCUCACCCUCGCCGACUUCAACACGCUGCUCUACUGCUGCGACGCCGAGGAGCGCGACCGCGGCGCCGGCGGCGUCUACGACGUGCCCGGACACGGGCCGCUCGUGUACGCCGGCCUGCAGGGCGUCGUGUCCUUGCUGGACGUCGUCGGCCCCGAAGACGACCUCGGUCACCCGCUGUGCGACAACCUGCGCGCCGGGGACUGGCUCAUCGAGUACCAGUGGCGGCGGCUGGAGGCGGAGCCGCGGCUGGCGGCGGUGUGCGCGCGCUACCGGGAGGCGCUGCUGCCGCUGACCGAGCUGCCGCGCUUCCUGGUGCCGGCGUACUUCGAGCGCGCGGUGCGAGCGCUGUACGCGGCGGCGGUGCGCGGGGCGCUGGCGCGGCUGAGCGGGUGGGCGCGCGGCGGGCGCGUGGUGCGCGAGCUGGCACUGUGCAGCGUGCAGCUGUGUGCGGCGGUGCGCUCGGCGCUGCUGCCGGCCGUGCGCGAGCAGGCCUCGCUGUCGGCGGGUCUGCCGCACUUCGCAGUCGGCUACAUGCGCUGCUGGGGACGCGAUACCUUUAUCGCUCUCCGGGGACUCUUCUUGCUCACCGGACGGUAUCAGGAGGCGAAGGCGCACAUCCUGUCGUUCGGCGCGUGCUUGCGACACGGCCUGAUCCCCAACCUGCUGGACGGCGGCCGCAACGCGCGCUACAACUGCCGCGACGCCGUCUGGUGGUGGCUGCAGAGCAUCAAACAGUACUGCUGCGAGGUGCCGGGGGGCGGGGCGCUGCUGGCGGAGGGCGUGGCGCGAAUGUACCCGCGCGACGACUGCGAGCCCGCGCCGCCCGGCAGCGCUGACCAGCCUCUGCACGACGUCAUGCAGGAGGCGCUCGACGUGCACUUCCAGGGUCUCGUGUUUCGCGAGCGCAACGCCGGCCGAGCCAUCGACGCUCAUAUGUCGGACAAGGGGUUCAACGUUCAGAUCGGCAUCGACCCGGAGACCGGGUUCCCGUUCGGCGGCAACGACGCCAACUGCGGCACCUGGAUGGACAAGAUGGGCUCCUCGGAGGCGGCGGGCACGCGCGGCAAGCCCGCCACGCCGCGCGACGGCAGCGCGGUCGAGCUGGUCGCGCUCGCCUACAGCGUCGCCUCCUGGCUGGCAGCGCAGCACCGCGCCGCCCGCUUCCCCUACCCCGGCGUCGCGCGCCGCCAUCGCGACGGCUCCCUCACCGCCUGGACCUACGCGCAGUGGGCCGAGCGCAUCCGACACAACUUCGAGCGCUACUUCUGGGUGUCCGCCGCACCCGGCGCCGCCGACCUGCGCCCCGACCUGGUGCAUCGCCGCGCCAUCUACAAGGACACGCACGGCGCCACGCGACCCUGGGCCGACUACCAGCUGCGGUGCAACUUCUCCGUCGCCAUGGCCAUCGCCCCCGAGAUCUUCGACCCCAAGCACGCCUGGCUCGCGCUCGAUAACGUCGAGCGGCUGCUGCUCGGCCCGCUCGGGGUCAAGACGCUGGACCCGGCCGACUGGGCCUACCGCGGAGACUACGACAAUUCCAACAAUAGUGACGACCCGAACAUAGCACACGGCUUCAACUACCACCAGGGCCCCGAGUGGGUGUGGCCCAUCGGGUACUACUUGCUGGCGCGACUCGCUUUCGCAAAGGAGAACGGAAAAUACGCAAAAACCGUGGCCGCGACGUACGCGACGCUGGCGCCGUUGGUCGCGGAACUGCGAUCGUCGCCGUGGCGCGGGCUGCCCGAGCUGACGAACGCGGGCGGCGCGUACUGCAAGGACUCGUGCCGCACGCAGGCGUGGAGCGCGGCCACGGUGCUGGAGGCGCUGCGCGAGGCGGAGGCGCUGCGCAACGCGCGCACUCUGACGGACUGA